AUGCCACCGCCUUUAGAUCCUCAAAGCCGAAAGUCCACUCCCCGUUCAUUUAUGAACCAGACCGCCUCUGCCGAAGACUUGUUGAAGUCGCAAACUGUUGGUCUGGUUCACCUCUCCGACUUCAGGAAAAGACGAGCUGAGGUUCUCGAACAAAAGGAAAGAGAGGCGCAUGAUAAAUCUCUUGGAAGAUUCGCUCAAGGGACAUCCAGGAGCGCCACCCCUUCUGGCGGAGAAACAACUGAUGGUGCCCUGACACCACAAAAUGGGUCUGCGGAACAACACCCCAAGAAAAGGAAGAAGAAGCUAGGUAAUCUCUCGAAAAGUAAAUUGUCCUUUGGCGACAAUGACGUGGAGGAUGCUUCAGAGGCUUCUGGCAUAAUAUCAGUGGAUGCCGGUGAUCGGAAUUUCCCAGCGAAAACUCCCGCGGAAAGCAGCCCAAAACCCCCUGCACGACGCAUCGCGCCCAACCCAAACCUUUCUGUCCCUCCCCCGAAAGUUAUCACAAAAUCCGCCUUGGAAGCUGAAGCACAAACUCGAGAUGCACUCCGGCGUGAAUUUUUGGCGCUUCAAGAGAGGGUCAAAGCGACUGAGAUAUUGAUUCCGUUUGUGUUUUACGACGGGACAAAUAUUCCUGCCGGGACUGCGAAAGUGAAGAAAGGUGAUCCGAUAUGGGUUUUUCUUGAACGGUGUCGGAAAGUAGGAGCGGAAUUGGGCAUUGGCGGUGCUGCCGGGGGCGGUAGGAGUGGUAGAGGCCGUAGGGACUAUCGUAAGGAAUGGGCAAGGCAUUAUGAAUUUUAUUAUUUUAUUGCGAACCGAGUCCCGAGUUUCACCACUGCGGGAGGGCUACUCUUCGACUACUCAAAUACGGUACCGCCGCAGUCUAGCGAAGAUCCUGAAUCGGAACCCACUCUGGAAGGUGCGGAUAUGGACCCAACUUUGACCAAGGUAGUAGACCGCAGAUGGUUCGAAAGAAACAAGCAUAUCUUCCCCGCGAGCCUCUGGCGAGAAUACGAGCCUGGAAAGGAGUUUGAGGAAAAGAUGGGAAGCAUUAGGAGGGAUAACAAAGGCAACGCUUUCUUUUUUUAA